GACAACGGCAACGGCAACGUUAGCUUUUCACGACGACGACGACGACGACAAAACUCCUGGUGCACAUUAAGUCAGGCAACAGUUUAACGUGGAAAUUAUUGCGAAUUUGUUGUGUGUUUUUGCGACAGCGACAGCGACAACGACGCGUGCCACAAAUCUCGCAAAUCUCGCAAAUCUCACAAAUCUCGCAAAUCUCGAAGCAAUCAAUUUUUUUAGUGCUCGGCCCCGCAUCGUAGGUUCAAGUGCAGUUUAGCGGGAUUCCGGGCCGGCAUACAAGGUGCCUCUGGUGCCACAGGAGAGCCACACGGAGGGAGAGAGAGGGCGAGAGAGAGCGAGCGAGGGAGAGCGAAGAGAGAGUUCUCUUUGAGCGGGAAACCCCGAAAAUGUUGCAUUAACACAGGCAGGCAGGCAGAACAAUUGAGGCAGAGCCAAUCGAUUAAUCAGCAGCGAUGCCGCAGCGUUCGCCCUUUGCCAUACAGGAGCUCCUCGGACUGGCCGUGGCGGCAGCGGCAACAACCACAACGGAGCCGGAGGCGGAAGCGGAAACGGUGGCAAUCUGCGAGACGCCAACGGAUCUGACAACAGCCGCCAGCAGCCAGGCAUCGCCAAAAACAGCUGCCGGAGGAGCAACAACAACAACAACAACAGCAGCAACAUACAACACCGCCGCAGCAGUGGCAACACCAGGCACAGGCCCCACAGCAACAGCGGCAACCGGAAGUGGAGCAGUGGGUGACAGUAUGUCAUCGGCGAUAGAUCAGCAGCAGCAGCAGCACCACUACAGGGAUCACCAUCAAAUGACCAUGGCAGCCGCCUCCCGCAUGGCCUACUUCAACGCCCAUGCAGCGGUGGCGGCCGCCUUCAUGCCCCACCAGCUGGCCGCCGCCGUGCACCAGCACCAGCACCAGCACCACCAUCAGCAUCAGCCGCACCAUCCGCACGGAGGGCAUCCGCAUCCGCAUUCGCAUUCGCAUCCGCAUGCGGCCGGUGGUGUGCCGCCGCCCCCAAUGCCGCCUCACCACCAUUCGCACCACCACCAUCCGCACCACCACCACCACCCGCUGCUACAUGCGCAGGGCUUUCCGCAGCUGAAGAACUUCGCGGCAGGCGCCGGAACGUGUUUGCCAGGCUCCCUGGCGCCCAAGGACUUCGGCAUGGAGGGGCUGAACGGCUUCGGGGUGGGGCCGAACAGCAAGAAGAAGAAGAAGAAGCGCCGCCACAGCCGCACGAUCUUCACCAGCUACCAGCUGGAGAAGCUGGAGGAGGCCUUCAAGGAGGCCCACUACCCGGACGUGUAUGCCCGCGAGAUGCUCUCGCUGAAGACGGAGCUGCCCGAGGAUCGCAUACAGGUCUGGUUCCAGAAUCGCAGGGCCAAGUGGCGGAAGACCGAGAAGGUCUGGGGCGGCAGCACGAUCAUGGCCGAGUACGGGCUGUACGGGGCGAUGGUGAGGCACUCGCUGCCGCUGCCGGACACCAUCUUGAAGUCGGCCAAGGAGAACGAUGCGGUGGCGCCCUGGCUACUAGGCAUGCACCGCAAAUCGAUUGAGGCCCAGUCCGCUCUCAAGGACGAUUCGGGGGUGAGCGAUCACGAGGACUCGGCCGGCUCGAAGUCGGCCCACUCCGAGGAGCUGCGCUCCCACUCGCGGGCCCUCAGCUCCUCCACGGAAUCGCUGAACGUGGUCAGUCCGGCGCCAAGCAGUUGCAACACCAUCACCUCGACGGCCCCCCCGACCUCGACGACGCCGCACGGCAGCAGCGGCUAUGCGGCCGCCUCCUCGGCAGCCACCACGCCCACCGGGGCCAACACGAACAGCUCGGGAUCGCCCCACAUCGAGCUGGGCUCCCCAUCCCCGCAGCAGUCCCAGACCCAGUCCCAGACCCAGACCCAGGCCCAGCUGAUGCAACAGCAGCAGCAGCAACAGCAGCAGAGCCAACAUUACUUGUCUGGAGGUGGAGCCGCUAUCGCCACCGCCACCGCCACGCCGAGCUACCAUCCGCUUCUGGAUGCGGCCAAUGCCGCCGGUGCCGGGGCCGCGGCCUCCAGCAAGGACUUCCACUUAAUCAUGAACACGGCGGUGGCGGCUGCGGCUGCGGCGGCCCAGCAGCAGCAGCAACAGCCCCAGAUGGCGGCGGCGCCCCCGGGCCUGCAUGCCCAUCAUCUAGCUGCCGCCCUCAUGGAACACGAUCCGGAUGCGUUUAGGAACAACUCCAUUGCCUGUCUGCGGGCCAAGGCGCAGGAGCACCAGGCGCGGCUGCUCAACAACGGUGGCCUCUUCCUGCAGGUGCGGAGCUUUGCGGCACAUGCCCAGGCUCAAGCCCAAGCUCAGGCCCAGGCCCAGGCUCAGGCCCAGGCUCAGGCCCAGUGUGAUAUGCUGAAGCACAGCGAGGAGCACAGCAACAACAACAGCACACAAGCAGGACCAGCGCCACAUCCUCAUACCAAUCCACACAGCCACUCCCACAGCCAUUUGCGGGGCAACUCCAAUCAGCAGCACAUCAAAAUGGAGCUUACGGGCAGCGGCGGCGGGGGGCCAAUGGCCGCCUGCGAGGAUGUCUGACGUCAGCAGGACACCUUCAAUAUGCAGUAAUAUAAACCCAUCCCCCGCCCCCCCCCCCCCUUCCUUCCUCACACACACACACACAAGCACACAAACCAAACCCGAACCAAAUGAAAAGAUACCAUUUUUUUUGAUUAGACCUAAGCAAUUAGUUUUCUUGGAUAAAGAUCUGUAAUCGAAUAUUUUAAAAUGUACGCAUACGUUUAUUUUAGCUGUAAAGACACGAAAACGUAAUAUUUUGAAUAAAUAUUUAAUCGAAAUUCACUUUUGUUCUAAUAAUAAGAAAUUAAAAAUGCAAAACAUUUGAA